AUGUUGCACUUCCAAAAGCCUAAUUAUCACCUCAUUGUGCUUGUUUUCUUUCUCCUAUUGCUUCCAUCUACCCUCACAACAGUAUCUACGACAAGAGAAGGAGAAGCUCUGUUAAAAUGGAAGAACAGUCUACCACCAUCCUCUUCCCUAAAUUCUUGGUCACCCGUCAAUCUCAAUAAUUUGUGUAACUGGACUGGCAUUAUCUGUAACUCUGCAGGUUCAGUCUCAGAAAUAAACCUUUCACUAAAACAACUUAGUGGAACGCUUGCCAAUUUCAGUUUCACUUCAUUUCCAAAUCUUAAUAGUCUUGACAUUAGUGGCAAUAACUUCACAGGUCCAAUACUACCUGCCAUUGAAAAGUUCACGCAGCUUCAGCAUCUUGAUUUUAGCUUUAACAAGCUCAAUGGUAUCAUUCCAAACCAAAUUUGGCAUCUUCAGAGAUUGCGCACCUUAGACCUGUCAGUUAAUCACUUGGAAGCUUCAGACUGGUCUAGUUCUUUCUCCAUGCCUUUUCUGACCAACCUCGACCUUAGUUUCAAUAAACUUGGGGCAAGAUUCCCAGGCGUUACAUCCAAUUCUUGUAACCUAACAUGUCAAUUGUUGCCUGAGUCAUUAGUUAACAAUAUGCAUAAUCUGGAAGUCCUUUCUCUUCAUCACAAUUCUCUCGAUGGGCCAUUUCCACCAAGCAUAUUCAAGCUUUCCAAAUUAAGAUAUCUCUCCCUAUCAAGUAAUCAUUUUUCAGGUUCUAUUCCGGAUGAUAUAGGGAUGCUUGGUGAUCUUGAAUCCCUUUAUCUGGGUCACAAUUCUUUUGAGGGGCCCUUCCCACCAAAUUUUUUCAAAUUUUCCAAACUAAUAAAUCUGUCCUUAUCAGGGAAUAUUUUUUCAGGUUCUGUUCCUGAUGAUAUAAGGAUGCUUAGUGAUCUGGAAUACCUUGAUUUUAGCCGGAAUUUUUUUGAGGGGCCUUUUCCACCAAAUAUAUUCAAGCUUUCCAAAUUAAAAGUUCUUGACCUAUCAAGAAACAAUUUUUCAGGUUCCAUUUCAGAUGAUAUACAGAUGCUUCAUAGUCUUGAGUUGCUCCGUCUUGAGUACAACUCUUUUCAGGGACCCUUUCCACCAAAUAUAUUGAAGCUUCCGAGUUUAAGAGUACUUGACCUAGCAGACAAUGACUUUUCAGGGUCUAUUCCCAGUGAUGUAAACAUGCUUCAUGAUCUGAAAAUACUUUCAUUGUUUUCUAAUGCAUUUGAAGGGACUAUUCCUUCUUCUAUAAGUCUACUCAGGGAGCUACGAUACCUUCACCUCGGGUCUAAUCAUCUCAAUUCCACUAUUCCUUCUGAGCUGGGGCUCUUGACAAACCUUGACCGAUUAUAUCUUGAUUCCAAUAAUCUUACUGGCAAUAUCCCACCUGACAUUGGAAACUUGAAACUACUGAGAGUACUAAGUCUUGAUUCUAAUCAACUCACUGGACCGCUUCCAAAGACCAUUUCUAAUCUCACUAAACUAGGGAUUCUUAACCUGAAAGAUAAUAAGUUUUCCGGCAAUAUUCCAAGUGACUUCUGGAAAACUUCUACAUCCUUAUAUUCCAUUGAUUUUUCCGACAACAACUUGUCUGGAAACAUUCCCAAGGAAUUUGAUGUUCACCCGAUUUUGGAAUGCAUCAAUUUAAGUGGAAACCAUUUUACAGGUAUGAUUCCCACAACAAUUUGCAAUGCCACAUCCCUUCGGGUUCUUGUUCUGUCAAAUAAUGGAUUAAGUGGCACACUUCCACAUUGUUUACGAUAUCUUGCUGAUAAACUGCUUUCUAUUGAUCUUGGUAAUAAUCAAUUUCAAGGAAGAAUGCCAACCUUCUCCGAGGGAUGUCAGCUGACAUAUCUGAACAUGUACAACAAUUACUUUGACGGAUUGUUGCCUCAAUCUUUUGCCAACUGCAAGCAGUUAAAAGUUCUUGAUAUAGGAAACAACAAAAUAAGUGGUACAUUUCCCUCAUGGCUAUUUACUCUUGCAGAGCUAGAACUCCUUGUCUUGCGGUCGAAUAGACUUUAUGGUACAGUAAGUUUAAGAAGCACAGCAGAUCCCUUUCCCAAGUUGCGCAUCAUGGAUCUCUCAAACAAUGACUUCACAGGCUAUUUGCCAAUUCAAUAUUUCAAAAAUAUGAAGCCGGUUGAUAAGGGGUAUGAUUAUCACAAUUUCACAGCACCAUUUUAUUACUACUAUCAAGCAUCUAUCUCGUUAACUGUGAAAGGGACUGAGUACCAAGUGAGCAAGAUUCUUCAUAUUUACACAGCCAUUGAUCUGUCAUGCAACAAAUUUCAAGGAGAAGUCCCAAAGGUCAUUGGAGAACUUAAAUGGCUUGCAUUGCUCAAUUUAUCUCAUAAUAGUCUUACUGGACCUAUCCCAUCACAGCUCGGAAAUAUGAAAGCACUCCAAUCUCUGGAUUUGUCUUCAAAUCAAUUCACAGGGGCUAUCCCAUACCCGUUAAUUGGUUUGACAUUUCUAGAGGUCCUGAACCUCUCACAUAACCAUCUCACCGGAGAAAUUCCCCAAAAAGGACAACUGAGCACGUUCAAUAAUGAUUCUUACCAAGGUAAUCUUGCCUUGUGUGGAUCUCCUUUAACAGAGAAAUGUGCACACGAAGAGUCACCAGCACAAGAAGUCGGAUAUGAUGAAGAUGGUGCAGAUAAUGAAUUCCAAUGGAAAGUAGUCCUAAUGGGAUAUGUUAUCGGAUUAGUAUGUGGAUUGUCUUCAGGAUACAUUUUUCUCACAACUGGAAAGCCUUGGUGGUUUUUGAGAUACAUCGAACAACUGCAGCAAAACUUGAUCAGAAGAUUCACGUAGAGUACUAUUUGAUUAAGAUGAGCAAGUUGAAAAGAAUUUUUACUAGACCAGUGGUAUGUCGGGAACAUAUAUGUGUGGUGUCAUAUAAUAUUUGAAAUGCUAAUGUCAGUGCUAGUUCUAGUUCGGGUCUGAUACUGAUUUACUCGUCUCAGAGAUACAUACUUGUGUUCAAUGUUAAUUCAGAAGAAAAAGAAAACACAUUAAAUCAACUUUGUAUUAAGUCAAGUUUUGGAGAUGCCAUGAUCAAAAGGAAAAUGGAGUGAAUGAUAUUUAUUAAGAA